AUACCCCGAGUCGACGCUCAGUCUCACACCUCCGACGUUCUGUCUAUGCAUUACUUAGCUUCAGGUCCAUUAAUCUCACGAAGUUCAAUUAACCGGGAAUGUUCUCGGCCAAAUCGGCUGAUACGUGAUCGAGCCUCGGUUUGGCCGGAGCCCCGCAACGGCAUGGAUUACACUAACUGCCCCUUCUGGGGGCCUUUCUCCGCAUCAAUCUAUCUUCGACCUCCAGAUAAAGAAGCGUCCCCCGUAGGCCCUACCAUUGUCCUUAGUUGUGUUUGGUGA